AUGGUAAGGUGUGUCGAGGCUGAAGAGGCGAGGGAGGAGGUUGCAAGGAGAGAAGCUGAGGUGGCCAAGGAGGAGGCUGCCAGACAAAGGCCUGCUCGAGUGCAAAGGAAGUCUACGAGCUUCCUUGCUGGAAAGGAGGAGCCUUUGGCCCCAGCUUUGGUGGAGGCCCUGCCACCUGAGAUCCGAGGCGCUACUGAGAGUUUUUAUAAAUUCUGGACGGAUCGGUGGCAGCUGCACGCCUCCUCCUGUGAUGCCACGGACCUGACAAGGGCUCUUGUGAGCCAAAGUGUUAGGACUUUUGGCCUUACACUGGAAUGCAGGGAGGCCCUCACUGACUUCCAGACGAGGACCACCACCUCAGAGAGGAAGACCGCCUCCCUUGCAGAGGAGCUGAAGGCAGCUAGGGCCGAGGCUGAGGUAUGUAGGGCCGAAAAGCUUGAAGAAUCGGCCAAGUUGGAGUCUGCCUUAGCCCAGAUAGAGGCAUUGAAGAGGGAGGUACAUGAGUCCUGGUGUAAGGUUGCCUCCUUGACUAAGAAGGUGGAGGUUUCCAAAGAUCACCAGAAGAUGACAGCCGAAGCCUUGGAGAAGGCUAACAGGGAGCUGGCAGGGGCCCAAGAUUCAUACAAGUAUAUCGAGGGCCAAAUUAAGUGGUACGUCGAUGACGUAACCCAUGCUAGGGAGGAAGCCCAGAAUGCAAGGAAGGAUGUAGUGAAAGACUACAUCGCCAACUUCCACAAUACCGAGGAGUACCAGAGCUUCAACACUUAUUGGAGGAACUUUGCUUAUGCUGAAGUGAUGGAGCAGGCUGAGGAGUUGUAUCCCAAUCAGGAUCUGUCGCAACUCAGGUCGAAGUUUAUGGACAAAGUGCCUCAAACCCCAGCUGAUGAAGUGGUGGGAGAUGAGGUAGCAGAGGCAGAAGAAGCAAUGUCUGAUGCUCAAGUUGCGGAAGUCCCAGCUACUGAAGCACCUCCAUCAUCUCAGGCUUAG